ACUAAAGCACACUGCUCUAUAUAGAAACAUUAUUCUUUGUUGGUAUUACAUACAAAGGUGAAAAACUAGAUUGUGAUAAAAUGAAAUUGUAGCAUUUAACAUGAUUGGUUUGACUAGAAACAAAUAAAAAUACAGUAGCGUCUUAGUUCUGCUUGUAAAGUCAGCGUACACACAGAGGUGACAAGGCAGAGCGCAUUGUGGGUCACAUAUUGUUACAAACACGGUUGACCGAUUUGCCCCAGACUUGUUAAAAAUCUCCCUGCUAGGGUUUCUGGGUAAAGUGCGCCCUGCUUGGUAUCCGCCCAUAUUGUCGUAACGCAGGCGAGCCUGAGCAGCAGCAGCUAGGCCGAAGGGACGCUGGAUCAGAUGGAAAGUUCAAACGAUUGAUUCUUCCACUCUUUCUUUUUUUUUUUUUUGUAAUUGUUUUUUUUUUGUCUGGAUGUUCCCGCUCGCUUCCGAAACGGCGUUGAACCGACUGGCGCUUUGGUGAGAAGCAGAGGUAGGAAAUGCGGAGAUCGAGUGAAACGGGAGGAUUGUCUGCUUGACUUCUUUGGUCGCUACUUCAGACGCGGAACUCCACUCGCUAAAAGGUAAAUCAUGACAGAAUAUAAGCUGGUUGUGGUGGGAGCUGGUGGCGUUGGCAAGAGCGCGCUUACGAUCCAGCUCAUCCAGAAUCAUUUUGUGGAUGAAUAUGACCCGACCAUUGAGGACUCUUACAGAAAGCAGGUGGUUAUUGAUGGAGAGACAUGUCUACUGGACAUCCUGGACACUGCAGGUCAGGAGGAGUACAGCGCCAUGAGGGAUCAGUACAUGAGGACAGGGGAGGGAUUCCUCUGUGUCUUUGCCAUCAACAACACCAAGUCCUUUGAAGACAUUCACCACUAUAGAGAACAAAUCAAGCGGGUGAAGGACUCUGAGGACGUCCCCAUGGUGUUGGUGGGCAACAAGUGUGACCUCCCAUCCCGAACGGUGGAUACAAAGCAGGCUCAGGAUUUAGCACGCAGCUACGGCAUUCCCUUUAUCGAGACCUCAGCCAAAACAAGACAGGGCGUCGAUGAUGCCUUUUACACAUUAGUCAGAGAAAUUCGGAAGCAUAAGGAGAAGAUGAGCAAGGAGGGGAAAAAGAAGAAAAAGAAGUCAAAGACAAAGUGUAUACUCAUGUGAAUAAUCACCCCCUUUUUCAAGACAAACUAAAACAGAAAAAAAACCAGCUCAAAGUAAUAACAUUUUGUACAUUACACUAAAUUAUUAGCCUUUUUUUUUUUGUUAGAACGUUCCUUAAUAAAUACUAAACCCAACUUGAUUCUUUCAUUCGGACAUCAAUAAGCUCUAUUUUUAGUGUAGUGCCAGAUGUUGACCUGUAAGAACCAGAUGAGCCAGAUUUAUUAUUUUUAAAUAUAGCAGUUAUAUGUUUCACAUUGCUGCCCAACUAGGAGGAAACUGUAUUACCAAUUAUAUUUGACAAAUUAAUAUCUAUUAUGAUUUUUUUUUUUUACUAAAAUGCCACCACAUAGGGGUUGUAUGGGAUGCCAAAGAAUGAAAAUUCAUCCCGUUGGUGUAGAUAAACCAGAUCUGAGGAAUGACCAACUCUCAGCCCAGUGAGGUGUAAAUGUCCCAGCCACUGUGGAAUCUCCCCAUCUCUCACCUUCUGCUAUCACUUAGUUUUGUCACUGUUAAGUAUGCAUGCAGACUCCGAAACUUUCUUUUCCCUUGACUGUUUAUUACCCUAGUUAGCCAUUAAUGAAUUGAUUUCAAAAUUGUCAUUGCUUUGUAUUGUGUGGGGAGUGAUUUAAUGCCUAAAUGAGAUAAUUUUUUUUUCCUUGCAUGCAUCGUGUUCUUAAUGACGGAUUACGAACUUCCUCUGGUUGAUGCGUUUCGGAGCCAGCAACGAGGAACUCAGACUCUAAUUUUCAGGUUUUUUAAUAAAAAGCGUUCAAUGAUUUCUUUUGUCAAAAUAUAAUUUUUUUUUUUAUGAGAAGUUAAAAGAUUGAUGAUUUUAACCAAUGUUGUCUGUCUCAUGUUGUGGUUUUCAGCCUUGUUUAAUAAGAUUCUUAAAAGAAAGAAAUCAUUUUAUUUCUAAUUGUAAACUGUCUCCAUGCACCCAGCAAAAUAAUUUACAUUUUAACUAUUUGCUUAGAUGUAAAAAGUCAUUUGUUUUGUAGCGGAAUAGAAACUUUUUUUGAAAGCUGUAAGGUAUAUUUGACUCUGUUCAGAGUCCCAGAGGUUGUUAAAAGUAGGCUUAGGAGUAAUGUGUGGAUGUGUUUGAAAUUGGCCACUUCUCCAUAAUUUUUAGGUUUUUAAAAUGAGGCACAAAUUGCCAUGAAAUAGGUUUUUAGACAUAAAUGCCUGAGUUAAUCCAAACAAUUAACCCUGGUUUCUCUCAGGUCAGCCCGUGUCACCUUCUUCAUUGUAUUUACAGACUGUCUGAGCAUUUUUAUUUGCCUUUCAUCAUUAUUUUAGGUGCUACAUUUAGACAUUUAUUUUUUCUUGAGUUGUACCUAAGAAAUGCACAAAUUAUAGUUUUAGGGGUGAAAUGCUUUUGUCACAGAAAAUUGAGAUUUUGCUUUUGGGAUUAAUAAAUUUUGACCCUACUUACUAUAUUAUUACCUCUUUUUUUCCCCAUGAAGUAGAUAAACACCUGCAAUUUUAAUAAUGAAAUCCUCUUGAUAAGGAUAUGUUUUAAAUUUAGUUCUACUGUAAUGUUAAAGAUGUUCCUCUUUUAAUUGCGUGCCAACAGCUGAUUUCUGAAAUGCAUCAUUUAUACCUGGAUCGUAUUUUAACAACCUUUGUAUAGUUGUGAUACUGAAAGGUUUCAUGUUUUGUAAAUUGUGCUUCAUUUAGUUUGGUGUGUCUUUAAUGAAUGUUGCUUUAAUGGAGUUCUGCUCCGCUCUGUGUUUGUGACUGGAGAGUGUGUCUGGGUCCAGGUCUGCAGAGGGGAAUGAAUGACCACUUUACAGUGUACCUGUUGUGGGGCAAUGUAGAGUGAUGAUCUGAUCUCAAAAAUGUCUUCUUUUUUUUUUUUGCCAUGAAUCUUACCACUCCUAUUUAAUGUGUAAUAAAGAACAAAGUAAACAGAAA